GGUUACUUAGCAACCCAGGAUGGAACGAAAUCAUAUCAGAGCAGUGCAAAGGUAAUUCUCACAGGUAUUGGUGCAGAUGAACAGCUUGCUGGUUAUUCUCGUCAUCGUGUCCGCUUUCAGACACUUGGACUGGAAGCGUUGAAUGAGGAAAUAGCAAUGGAACUGGGUCGGAUUUCUUCCAGAAAUCUUGGUCAUGAUGACAGAGUUAUUGCUGAUCAUGGAAAGGAGGCAAGAAGCAUAGGAAGGAGGAGCCAGAGCAGCAGUUGUUUUCCAGAAGUCAUUCUCCAAGAAAUGUCUUGUCUUUUUUUUUUUUGGUACUGGAGAUCGAACUCAGGACCUUGCGCUUUCGAGGUGGGUUACAGAACUGCUGAGCUAAAUCCCCAGCCCCUAAGAAAUGUCUUUUCAUUAAUGUCCCCAUGUGAUACAGUGGUGCGGGCCAUGCAAUUUGGAUCUAGAAUUGCAAAAAUGGAAAACAAUAAGGAAAAGGCAUCUGACAAAUGUGGAAGACUCCAAGUCAUUUCCUUAGAAAACCUUUCUUUUGAAAGGGAGAUUAAAUCGUGAUAUGAUUUCACAGUGUUAGUAUUUACUGAAUGACAGUUUUAUAAAAAUAAAAUGUUCCACUGCUUUGCUAUUGUAGAUUGUAGUGGUUUUAAAGUUCA